CCGUCUGAUACCCAUGUGGUGUUGGAUAAUUCGAGAAGAGGGUUAGUGAGACUUCAGGCGCUACGGGUAUUCAUAGGCCUCCAGCUACUAUACGAGAGAUCAUUUAUAAGACAUUAACCUGAUUUAUUAAUAUCUUUAUCGCGAGGUUUAUUUAGAUUUUACUCGUAUACACGCAAAAUGUUAUCUGUGGCGAGAACAGCAGUCAGGCACGUGUCGUGUGCUCAGAAGGGCUCGAGUAAUGUGUCUCAUCUCAUCCAGAAGGCUUGUUGGAAUGGAUUAACUCAACAGACUUUGCAGACUGCAGCCAGACGUCAUUAUGCGUCGGAGGCGAUCAAAGGAGCUGUCAUUGGUAUUGACCUGGGAACCACAAACUCAUGUGUGGCUGUGAUGGAGGGCAAACAAGCAAAGGUCCUGGAAAAUGCAGAGGGUGCAAGGACAACCCCUUCAGUGGUGGCCUUCACAUCUGAUGGCGAGAGACUCGUGGGAAUGCCCGCCAAACGUCAAUCGGUCACCAACCCGAACAACACCCUCUACGCUACUAAACGCCUGAUUGGCAGACGUUUCGAUGACCCUGAAGUUCAGAAGGAUUUGAAAAAUGUGCCCUAUAAGAUUGUACGUGCCUCUAAUGGAGAUGCCUGGCUAGAAGCCCACGGUAAACUUUACUCACCCAGUCAGGCCGGGGCCUUUAUUCUCAUGAAAAUGAAGGAGACUGCAGAGAGCUAUUUAGGCCAUAAUGUCAAGAAUGCUGUUAUUACAGUACCAGCGUACUUCAAUGACUCUCAGAGACAGGCGACUAAGGAUGCUGGACAGAUUGCGGGGCUCAAUGUGCUGCGGGUUAUAAAUGAACCCACUGCUGCUGCUUUAGCAUACGGGCUUGAUAAGACUCAGGACAAAAUAAUUGCAGUAUAUGAUCUUGGCGGUGGGACGUUUGAUAUCUCUGUACUUGAGAUCCAGAAGGGUGUAUUUGAGGUGAAGUCUACUAAUGGAGACACGUUCCUGGGUGGAGAAGAUUUUGAUCAGCACCUGCUCAGACAUAUAGUGAAGGAGUUCAAGAGAGAGUCUGGGGUGGAUCUGACCAAAGACAACAUGGCACUGCAGCGGGUGAGAGAGGCGGCAGAGAAAGCCAAGUGUGAGCUGUCUUCAUCUCUGCAGACUGACAUCAACCUGCCCUAUCUGACCAUGGACGCCUCCGGUCCUAAACAUUUGAACAUGAAGCUGACACGCUCUCAGUUCGAGGGAAUCGUGGGGGAUCUCAUCCGCAGGACUGUGGCUCCCUGUCAGAAGGCCAUGCAGGACGCCGAAGUCAGCAAGAGUGACAUUGGAGAAGUUCUGCUCGUAGGGGGAAUGAGUCGAAUGCCUAAGGUCCAGCAGACGGUGCAGGAUUUGUUUGGUCGUGCUCCCAGUAAAUCCGUUAACCCGGAUGAGGCCGUGGCGAUCGGAGCAGCUAUUCAGGGUGGAGUUCUCGCUGGGGACGUGACGGAUGUACUUCUCCUGGAUGUUACUCCUCUGUCUCUGGGCAUCGAGACUCUGGGAGGAGUCUUCACCAAACUCAUCAACAGAAACACAACAAUUCCAACCAAGAAAAGUCAGGUCUUCUCCACCGCUGCUGAUGGGCAAACUCAAGUCGAGAUCAAGGUUUGUCAGGGUGAGCGAGAGAUGGCUGGAGACAAUAAGCUUCUUGGACAGUUUACCCUGGUGGGCAUUCCUCCAGCUCCUCGUGGAGUUCCUCAGAUUGAAGUCACCUUUGAUAUUGAUGCUAAUGGAAUCGUGCACGUCUCUGCCAAAGACAAGGGCACCGGCCGUGAACAACAGAUUGUCAUCCAGUCAUCUGGUGGCCUCAGCAAGGAUGACAUUGAGAACAUGGUCAAGAACGCAGAGAAAUAUGCAGAAGAGGACAGGAGACGAAAGGACCGCGUUGAAGCUGUAAACAUGGCUGAAGGCAUCGUUCAUGACACGGAGUCUAAGAUGGAGGAGUUUAAAGACCAGCUACCAGCUGAUGAGUGCAACAAGCUGAAGGAGGAGAUCGCUAAAGUACGCGAGCUGCUCUCACGAAAAGACACCGAGACUGGAGAGAACAUCAAACAAGCAGCAACAACUCUGCAGCAAGCAUCGCUCAAACUCUUUGAGAUGGCAUAUAAGAAGAUGGCAUCGGAGAGAGACGGCAGCAGUGGUUCCAGCUCAGGAGGAGAAACUGGAGAGAAGAAGGAAGGACAGCAGUAAAGCUUUUUUCAUCUGGAGUUUGGUGUGGGACUGAAUGGCUUGGGAGCAGAAAUGGGUUACCCUGAGCAUCAUACAAGUUAUUCUCACAUAUACUGUGUUUUUGCAGUAAAACCUUCAGUACAUCUAUUAUAACGUCUCCUCCACCUUGUACAUCUUAGAAAUUUAUAUUCAUUUACUGUGUAUGUCUGCUCGAAUCUAAUCUCAGAGCAAAAUGUGCAAUUUUUUUUGAUUUUCCAUUUUGGGUUUAAAAGACAACGUCUAUGUGAUUCAUAUGCACGUCGUAGACAUAAGCCUUUAGCCAUACAUUCCAGCGUUUUGACCGGUGUUAUACUGGGUGACAUCAAGCAAAGGUGUAGUGUGUUUUAAAUCCACACCAAUAUUUUUUUGUUUUUUAAUUCAGUAUUUUGAAAUAUUUGAUAUGUUCUUGUUAGAAGUGAGCAGGCUGUGUAUGUAUGGCUAAACUGCUUUAGGAUUUCUACAGUGAGUAUGCUUGACAUGUCUUGGACAUCAGUGUUCUGGAGCUGUAUCUGAUCUGCCUACAUGUUCUGUUGCUUGGAAAAUAGUCGUCUGUUGUACAUUUUAGACUCUUAAGUACAUGUCUGAGGUGGAGUAUAAAACUAUUUAUGAUAUAACAAAAUUCAUAGUUGAAUUUUCUUACUUUGCACUUGCUCAUCAUACCAUCAUCAAGAAAAUGUAUUGAUCCUACAUCUGAUCUUUGGAUCACAGACUAAGGCAAUACUAUCUGGGUUACUGCCAAAUUUUUCCUGUUUAAUUCUGGACAAAUAAAGGAAGAUAUGCUCCAGAUGCACAUGAGAGGGAAUGGACACCAUUGCUUUACAUUUGACAGGAACACAAUAAGAGGUGUUGGAGGUUUGCUUUUUGAAGUUUGUAAUAUGUCGCUGUUAUGUAGGUCUGUUAAUGUAAAAAAUAAUCUUAAGACUGGCGUAACGGACAGAUUGGUUUAAAUUAAAUAAUCGUUCUGUUUGUUAAACUAUUGGGGCAUAACAGCCAAACUGUACCACACAACCCAUCUGCUCAGUGCUUUAUCUGAAGAUGAUGAAUGGCUCAAGGAUAGAGAAGUAACCUGUGAUUACAGUAGCUCUGUACAAAAACUGGUGUCUGUUGAAAAUGUUAAAUAUGGAUUUCAUUGACUUUAAUAGUUUGAAGUAAUAUUCCAAUGCAGUCUUUUAUAAUAAAAACUGAUUAAACUCUGA